AUGUCAAGUAAUCAAAUUGGACAUUGUCCUUUAUGUUUUACUCAAGUAUUAGUUAGAAAUUUUAAACGUCAUUGUACUGAUAAACACAGUAGUGUUGAUAGUGAAGAAAAAUAUCAAAAACAAUUAUCCAAAUUAAAAGCCAGUAUUGAAAAUGUAAAUGUUGCUAUUAAUACAACAACAAAACAAACAACAACAAUAUCAUCGUUUUUUCUGCGCUGGAAGAGCCACCUUUACAAUUCACAACAGAUGUUGUCGAAAUUACUUCAUCUAUCAAUAAUUAACCAGAAUCAAUGGAAACAAGAAAUGUCAAUGAUAAAUGAAAACGUAAACAUGAAAGAAUUAAAUACAAUAAGUAUUAGAGGUCAAAUUGGUGGUGAAUUGAAAUAUCUUAUUGAGAAAAAAAAUGAAGCAGUUAGACUUAUUGAUAUGUCAUUUGAUUCAAAUAUUAGUGAUAAAACAUUUCUAAUUGAAGCUUCAUCAUAUUUAAAAUCAUUAGAACACGAAAUGUCAGGUUUAUUAGAUACAUGUAACAAAGCUCUUGAUGAAAUAAAACCAAUUAAUAUUCGUAUUGAAAAUAUAGAAACAGAUUCAAUAACACGUGAUCCAGCAUUCAACAAAAAAUUUAAUGAAGAAGAACUUCGAUAUUUAGUUGAAAAAGGUCCAUAUCAGCCAAUAUUAUCAUCAUACCCAAUUAAUGAAACAUUAAAAGCAAAACAAGACACAUGUCAUUUUAAUAAAAAUUGGUAUAGUCAAUAUCCAUUAUUGGAAUAUAGUCCAUCAAAAGAUGUACUAUUUUGCUUUUCAUGCAGAUUAUUUGCCGAUGGUCCAGGUUCAGAGCAAAAAGAAGAAGCCUGGAUUACAACUGGUGUGAAUACUUGGAACAAACUGACAUGUAGCAAAGGCCAAAAUCGUGGUGGCAAAUUUGAAACACAUUUUAAAAGUAAAACACAUACAUCAUCUUUACAACGUUAUUUAAAUUUUCGACAUCGUCAAAAUAAUAUUGAUAUUCUAUUAGAUAAAAAAAUACAAGAACAACAACAGCAAAAAGUUCAAUUAGCUAAAUCAAAUGAAGAAGCUAUUAAAAUACUAAUUGAUUGUGCUCGUUAUUUAGCACGUCAAGAUAUAGCAUUUAGAGGACACACGGAUGAAGAAAGUAAUUUUGUUCAACUUGUUAAUUUAUUAUCGAGACAUAAUCCUGUUUUACAACGUUGGUUAAAUGAAACUGAAAAUCGUUCAUAUAAAGUAACAUAUAUGGGUCAUCGUUCACAAAAUGAAUUUAUUCAAAUUAUUGGUGAAGAAAUACAACGCCUUAAUUUAAAUCGAAUUAGACAAGGUACAUAUUAUUCAAUAAUGGCUGAUUCUACACCAGAUUCAAAUAGACAAGACAUGUUUACAUUAGUUAUUCGUUUCGUUAAUGAUCAACUUAUACCAGAAGAAAGAUUUGUAUCUAUAAAAGAACUUUAUUCAAAAACAGGUGAUGGCUUGGCUGAUCAUAUAUUGGAAGUAUUAAAUGAACUUGAUUUAAAUCCAGAACAUUUAAUUGCACAAUCAUAUGAUUUUGCCAGCAAUAUGAGUGGGAGAUUUAAUGGAGUCCAGGCAAAAAUUAGUGAAAAAUUACAAAAACAUAUAAUUUAUAUACCAUGUUCUGCACAUCGAUCAAAUACAGCAUUGAAACAUGCCUGUGACGCUAGUUUAGAUAUAACAUGUUUAUUUGGAAUAUUACAAACUUUAUAUAAUUUUUUUACAUCAAGUUCAAAACGAGAAAUAUUUCAAGCAUUAGAUGAUAUAAUUGAUGAUAAAGCAUUUGAUCAAGAUACACGUAAAGAAGGAAUAUCAAUAGUGAAGAAUAUGAAAACGUUUAAUUUUAUUUGUUAUUUGAUUUUUAUGAAAAAUGUUAUGUCUAUGACUAAUGCUUUAACAACAGAAUUCCAACGAACAAAAUUAGAUGUGAUAACUGCUGCUGAAAUCCUUAGUGGAACAAUAAAUGUAUUGCAACGUGAACGUGAUGAUGAUAAUAAUUUGAAAAACAUAAUAACAGUUGCUGAGAAUUGGUCAAAAUCGUAUGAUAUUAAUCCAGAUGAAGAAUUUAAUAAACAUCAUCGACCAAGAAGACCACCAAGAAGAAUUGAUCAAAAUCCUAGCACUGCUCAUGUAUUUACAAGAAGUACACAGUUAAUAAAACAUACAUUAGCAGAAGAAACAACAAAUUUACAAGAAGCAGCUAAAUUUAUUUUUGAAAGAAAAUCAUUGUUACUACAUAUUUAUCAAGCAUUCCAAUUUUUAUUAACAAUGCCUGUUACUAUGGCAAAUAAUGAACGGUUGUUCAGCAAAAUGAAGAUAAUAAAAAAUAGAUUUAGAACACAAAUGAAAGAUGAUCGAUUAGAGCAACUAUUAUUACAAUAG